CCACCUUCUCAGGGCGGCUCACGCUGCACAUACACACACAUACACACCUGCCUGCCUGUCGCUCUCUCUUUCUCUCUCCCUCUCCCUCUCCCCUCCCUCUCUCUCUCUCUGUCUCUGUCUCUGUUUCUCUCUCGCUUCCGUCCCUCUCCCUUCACUUUGCAUCGCGUGCACACAUCCACCUGCCCUUCUCCCAUUCAUUACUAGCCCCUCCCCCAACUUCCCUCCCUCCCUCCCUCCCUCUCUUACUCUAUUUUUACCUCUAAAAAGGAACACCUGUCCGGCCUUCCCUCUACCCUCCCUCCCGCCAUCGCCUCGUGAUCGGGGCGGGGAACACCUGCUCUCGAUCUCGCAUCUGUGAUGAAAGAACCGGAUCUGGAAUGACCUCGUGACGGCGUCCGGCGAAGGACCUCCCCCGCCUCCUUCUCCUCCUCCUCCUCCUCCUACACCAUUUUUGUCCCUCUCCCGAAAAAGAAGAAAAUAAAGAGGUGUGCGUGUCUCCGAAGGAUGUGUUGGGUUCACCUGCGCUGUCGAUGCUGAGUGAGUCCAGCCUCGUCGUCGUGGCCGCUGCCGUGAGGAAGUGAGUGGCUCCGUAGAGUACGGUGGGUCGUGUGUCAGCGAAUGAAAGCAAAUUGAAGCAAGCGGAGGAAAGCAAAGCAAGCAAGCAAUCGAGCAGGCAAGGUCUAAGUGAAGGGGGCCCGCUCCGAGCCCUUGCUCCUCCCACCCCCCCUCCCCCCUUGGCCCCUCCCCCUUCCCCGCAGCGCCAGCGGCCCAUCAGCGGCGCGGAGUUGUGUCGCGGAGGGAGAUAAGUGCGGUGAUAGUGCUGGCUGUGACGACACGUGACGUCUUGAAGGCGCCGAGUCGGUUAACCCAAGGAUAACGCGCGAGAGCGAGUGUCAGCCGAAGCGAUCCUUCCAAAAUAUCGGAUCGGCAGAGCGCCUUGGCCCAGGCCUCGUGCGGCAGCGUGUGUGACGGUAGUGUAACGGGGGAGCGCAGUGAUAACGGCGCCAGGCAGUGGCCGAGCGAGGCACAGGCGGAGGUAACGGUCGCUGGCUGUAAGAGAAGCCACUUAGUUGCUCCUGCUUGCUGCUGGCUGCCUGCACCACCUUCGUCGACUCUCACCUUUGCUCUUUGGCUGCUACUGCCUCCACGUCUCUCCGUAGGCUUGUCUACACCGCGCUCUCUGGCCUCGCCUCGCCUCGCCUCCCCUGCCCUCUCCUCCCUUCUCUCCGUCCCGUUAUCGUAGUCCCUCCUUUCACCUUCGUUUUAGCGCCCCUUCCUUUCGUCCCGCGGCAUUGUCCUACGCCUUCCCUUCGCCUGCCCUUUAUUCCGAGUCUGAGGCGUGCGCCUGAGGUGUUCUUCUGAAGUGCUUCCCUCCGGUGUUCAGUGAAUGUGCAAGCACCAUAUCCCGCGCACUGUAUGCACCGCAUGACAGUGCCUGAUCCCGCGGUCCGCUACACCCAGCCCCGUCCACUUACCUUCUGAGGGUGGAAGGUGGAAGGUAGGACGUGCGCGUCCUUGGAGGUGUCCUUUGUGGCGGACCUGUAGGGUGAGUGGCCAGCCCUAACCCUUAGCGCGUGUGGCCAGCCCCAGCCCUGAUCCUGGAACGGUGAGGUGCACAAGUGAGCGUUCGGCGUGCGAGAGGAAGACCGAGGAAGUGAGAGAAGGAGAGAGAGAGAGAGAGAGAAUCGCAGGCGUCGGAAGUGGUGGGAGUGAUCCGCGUGUCGCAGCGAGCACACAAACCCCACCAUAUUGGAGACCUGAAUACCGCUCUGUGUUAAGCGCAUUGUGUGUGUCUGUGUAAGAUCCUCAUUAUCUCUGCCGCAAAGGAGAAAGAUAAAAGAAUAAAAAGAAUUAACAGUGAGAUUAGAUAGCCAACCUGGUGGAUCAGGUGUUGUUUGUGCAAGAUUUGAGGUUUGUGUCCAUGCAGAUAUAAGUGAAUCUCGGGGGAAAUAGAAUGUGGAGAGAGAAAAAGGCAUAGAAUUAUACAAAAUUGGUGCAAAACAGUGUUAUCCUCCUGGCUAUACCCGGAGUAAGGCCAAACCACACCCAUUUUACCCCCCCUUACCCCCCCUGCCUCCUACUCUUCUUAAUAAGUCUAUCAGUAACACAAGCCAAGAGGACUCGAACCAUGGCUUGGCAAGGCAGGUGAAUAAUUGAAGAAAGAAAAAAAAACGAGGAAAAAAAGAGAAAAUAAAAGAAAAUCAAAAGAAUCGUACAAACAGGAAAGCUGCCUGGCCUAUGCUGGACCCCAACUUCUUCACAGGAGCGACGCUGUGGUACGGUGGUAAGCGGUGUGGGAGUGGUGGCGGUGGGGGCUCAGCGGCAGCAGCAGCAGCGGCAGCAGCAGCAGCAGGAGGAGCAGCAGUAGGUGUCAGGCGGUCGCCCCGCUACGCCACCCAACAGUCUUCCGCGUCUGCAGCGUCUGUGGGCAGACCAAGGAGACAUCACACUCGGCCUCUUCACACGCACCACCACAACACUAAGCAUAAGGGAGGAAAGACUAGCACUGGAUCCGGUCAGGGCGGUGCAAGCACCAACAACGCAUCCUCACAAAAGCUUGACAACGGUGGUGGCGGUGGAGUAGACACCAACCAACAGCACGACAACGCCUCCAACAACCUCACCACCAACAACGCAACCGGCCGCCACAACCACCACGAAGCCCCCCCACCCUACUCAACUAGGUCCUCCGCUGCCGCCGCUGCUGCCGCACCUCACCAUCACCACAAUCAUCACCAUAAUCACCAUCACCACCACUCCAACCAGCGCCAUAGCUCACGAGGCCCUCGUCGUAACCGGAUGAGUAUGGGGCAAAAAGUCACAGGUGGUAUGAAGUCAGUGGGUCGGGGAGAGGGCGGGUCUCUACAACCUCGCCUGACCCGGGAGCUAGCCAUGUCCCCCGACUACACCAGGCCCAAACGGCUGGACCUCCUCCUCGACAUGCCUCCCGUCCCUCGAGAUACAUCUCUCAAGCACGCGUGGAAUGCAGAUGAUAGGUCGCUUAACAUCUUCGUCAAGGAGGACGACAAGAUGACGUUCCACCGGCAUCCAGUAGCCCAGAGUACAGACUGUAUUCGAGGGCGAGUAGGAUACACGAGGGGCCUUCACGUGUGGGAGAUCAACUGGUCCACCCGGCAACGUGGGACUCACGCAGUAGUUGGAGUAGCAACAGCAGAAGCUCCUUUACAUUCUCAAGGCUACCAGAGUUUGGUGGGCAGCAACGACCAGUCAUGGGGCUGGGAUUUAGGACGAAAUAAGUUGUACCACAAUGCUAAGCAGGGCAACUCAGGCAUUACAUAUCCUUCUCUAUUAAACAAUGACGAGACUUUUGUCGUACCAGAUAAAUUUUAUGUUGUUCUUGACAUGGACGAAGGCACUUUGGCAUUUGUUGUGGAAGGCCAGUACUUGGGGGUAGCGUUCCGAGGGUUGAAAGGCAAGAAGCUGUAUCCUAUUGUCUCGGCAGUGUGGGGUCACUGCGAGAUCACGAUCAGAUACAUAGGCGGCCUAGAUCCGGAACCCCUGCCACUGAUGGACUUGUGUCGGCGUGUGAUACGACAGGCGGUUGGAAAACAGCGCCUCUCGCGAAUUGAGGAGCUCAAUCUUCCACUCUCUAUCACGCAGUACCUUUUGUACCACGACCGCAGGUGAUAGUCGGAGGCAGCUGGCCCAAUUCCUGCAGCCCCUCCACAGCUAGCCAUCAGGCCCCCCAUCCUCCGCACCUCUGAAGCCCUGCGCCGAGGGAGUCGCUCUGUAGCAAGUUAAGAGCGACGGCGGACGAAGUGGGAUAAAGCGUCUACAGCAUCAGUUGUUCGAUAAUCAAAACAUCCUGUUUUGAAGAUGUUUUAUAAGAAAUAACCUGUGCCAUGAGGCAUGUUUAGUUUAUCAGCAUAAUUUUAUGCUCCAAUUUGUUUCCUUAUGGAAUAUUAGCAGGUUUUGAACCAGUGUAGGCAAUUUCAUUUAGACGGCCGUAACCACUGGCCUGUGCAACCGUACUGCAGGUAGACGCAGUCAAGUGCAUAUGCGGGACUCUUAGAUGUACGUUUAUGUCAGUGUGUGUUAGUGUGGCCAAGAGCCAUUGUGAUAGACCAGGUCAGAUAGGCAUGUUGCCCCCACAGCCACCCCACUCAGGUACCCAGCCGGGAAUCGUGGCACAGGAGUGAGUCAGUGUUUGUGUUGUGGUGUAACAUUGUGACAAAGACAACUAGUGUUUUAGAUGAAAAAACUUGACCAAAUGAGUGAAAAAAGUUUCAAAGAGACUAAUGCUGAAACUGAAAGGAAAGUGUGAAAACUUUUAACCCAGAACCGUGGUGGGUGGCAUCCGUCUGACCAGUGAGCCGAUUGGUGAAGUGUUCAUUGCAGGCCAGCCUUGCAUCUCUCCUCACCGCCUCUCUCGCAUUUUGUUCUGGAGACAUUGUAGCGUAAGGUCGAGAGAGAACUGACGGACCCCAGCAAUGCUGCUGGCUGGCUCAAGGGUGACGUGGGAGGUUCUUGUAUUGCCCCUAGUCCGUACUCUAAAUCUCUGGCUCUGAAAUGGAUGCUUCACUGUUUUUAUGUCUUUUUUACACAAUUAUUUAAUGUGACAUUUUUUUGAAAAUACUGUAUUGUCCAUUGCCAAUAUGUGAGAUGGCCAUUUGGGGGCUCUGUAGACUCCAUCAUAAUCCUAAACAGACUUGGUUGCUGGUUCUCAUGAGUUCCUUCUACUUGGUUACCUCAUGGCCGGACCUCAACAUGGCUGUUGUUCGUCAUAUAACCAUCAACAUAGUUGUUGGUGAUAUAUCACGGAGUUCCCUCAUUGUAUCGUAUGCUUAAGUAUUUUUUUUUUUUUAAAGUGCCAUUUGCAGUAAGACUAUCUGGUAGGACUGUGUCACGAGCUCAACCAACCAGCAUGACAUGGCAUCAAGAUCUACUGUUCUAGUGUGUUAUACUGCAACGUCUCUCACCUAGUACGCAUCUUUGUACAAAAAUAUUAAAUAUUAAUAUAGAA